AUGCGUGACAUCCACAAUGCGGCUGUGUACUUGGAAUCGAUCCUUCGGAAUGUCAUUUGGACCGAGUUUGCCCUUGCGUAUGAAUCGACGUUGGCCACCCAUGAGUCGUUGCAAAAUAUCCCCGACGAAGCCACGUAUUGGAGGUCGUUUGACCUCCGCAUGUUCACAUUGCAGUGGGCUGCUUACUUAGGCAGUUUCAACGAGACGGACGUUGGUUCUGUGUCCAGUGCUCUGUACCCGGCCAAAAUCAAGUACGAAGUCGUGACGACACUCGUGGCGACAAUCGACGGCCUGCGUCGCAUGGAUGGCUGCGACGCCGAGUGGAUGUUUUCCGCCUACUGCUGGCUAGACUUUAGCAAACACUGGUCAAUGGCACCCGCCAAGCCCGCUGCGAUGCCCUUGAAGGAUCCAACGGGGCAGUGUAUCUAG